AUGCUCAUGUCCGACGCACUCGCCUCUUCCGCCUUCCCCACAUCCAAUCGCUCCAUCCUCGAGCUCGGUGCUGGUACCGCUCUACCUUCCAUCACCGCCUCCCUCCUCGACCCACCGCCUUCCGUCGUCGUUGCCAGCGACUACGACGAGCCUCUCCUCGUCAAAGAGUUGAGAGACAACGUCAGGCGUAACACUACGACGGCGAAAAAGUGCAAAGUGGUGGGCUUCAUCUGGGGGAAGGAUACCGAGGAAUUGAUGGAUUGUUUGCCAGCCGGGGAGAAGGGGUUUGAUUCGAUCCUCUUGGCCGACUGCAUGUGGGAUCCGUUGAGUCAUGCGGAUCUGUUGAAGUCGGUGUUGAAGGUGUUGAAGAGGGAUAGGAGAGCGAGGGUGAAUGUGAUUGCUGGGCUGCACACAGGCAGAGAGAAGGUGACGGGCUUUAUCAGAAGAGCGCACAGGGCUGGGCUGAGGCUGGCUCCUAUCGAAAAGCCGGAUGCAUGGCCAGCUCUGACAUCGGGCAUGAGCACAGACGACCCGGACGUGGGGAGGGCAGGGAACGAGGCUUUUGCUGAUGCGAAGGAUCGCAUUCUCGAGCUAGAGGUCUGCGGGAACACUCCGAUCCAACAAUCGGCUACCGACUCUGCGGACACUCAGGAGGAAAAAGGCACCCACGACGACGGCGACGAGCCCAGGCUGACCGGCAAUAGACGAAGCUUCCUCAUCGAAGGAUACGGCCAAGACACAGAGGGGGACGUCAAGCUGCGCAACCGCUGGCUGACCGUCUGGAGUCUUGAGUGGGCUCAGCCUUGA